GCCAAGGCAAAUAAUUGAAUGCAUGGCAGCAGGAUAUGUUGAUAUCUGUCAUAAUCGUCGUGCGAUCUGAACACAAGAGAAGCAUACUGACUGACUGACUGACUCUGACUGACUGCUCCUGCUUCUUGGGGACAAAAGAGGGUUUACCUGCCAGGUGGAGGAGCGGAGGAGGAGAGAGACAGUCAGAGAGAGAGAGAGAGAGAGAGAGAGAGAGAGAGAGAGAGAGAGAAAAGAAGCGGGGCGAGAAAAGUCGACUUACCUGUAGCCCAACUUCUGGCAGCUCACUCACUCUAUUACCUGCUCCGACUUGAAAGUCCAGUUUCACAAGGAAGAAUCGUAGAGGAAGCAAAAUAUGUCACAGGAGACAGACAAUAAGCGUCUGGUGGUGGUGGUCCCCAACGAGAGCUCUUUCCCUGCUGUGCGUCGGGCCUACACCAGUGAGGACGAGGCAUGGAGGUCGUACCUGGAGAACCCACUGACGGCCGCCACCAAGGCCAUGAUGAGCAUCAACGGGGACGAGGACAGCGCCAACGCCCUGGGCCUGCUCUAUGACUACUACAAGGUACCCAAAGAAAAGAGGCUCCUGCCAGUUUCCAAAGUUGUUGAAAUUACAGAGGAGCAGGAGAAGAGGUCGACGUUGUCUAGCAACCCCAGCAGCCAAAGCGAGGUGGAGACAGUGGACAACCGUGUUCAGGUGCUCAAAUCUGUCCCCGUCAACCUGUCUCUGAACACGGAGCACCAGGAGACCAAACGGGAGCAGCCGUUCAGCAGCUCGACGGGGACCGGUGCAGGGUCAGGGGCCGUGGUGAAGGCCGAGGUGUACACGUCUGUCUUCACGACGGGACAGGGGCUUCACUACAGGGUGGACGGAGAAGAGACGGCGAGAGUGGUGUACGAACAGAGUCCGUAUGAGGUGACGGUCAGUCACAGCUCGUACGUUAAAGAAGACCAGCAGAGUCCGCCUGACAGCCCGUAUGAGGAGGAGAGAGACGGGAAGUACCACACGCCUUCCUCUCUGGCUCCAGAUGAAUUCUUAUUUCAUCAGGAGAGAGUUGACAGCUUCCGGUACACACUGGAUGCCACUCGUUCGCUGCGUCAGAAGCAGGGUGAGGGGCCAAUGACGUACCUGAACAAAGGCCAGUUCUAUGCUGUGACGCUCAACGAGCUCAGCGCCAACAAUCGCCUCCGUCACCCCAUCAGCAAAGUCCGGAGUGUGAUCAUGGUGGUGUUCAGUGAGGAUAAGAACCGAGAUGAGCAGCUCAAAUACUGGAAGUACUGGCACUCACGGCAGCACACCGCCAAACAGAGAGUACUAGACAUCGCUGAUUACAAAGAGAGCUUCAACACAAUUGGCAACAUUGAAGAAAUUGCCUACAAUGCCAUCUCCUUCACCUGGGACGUGAAUGAAGAGGCCAAGAUUUUCAUCACAGUCAACUGUCUGAGUACAGACUUCUCCUCUCAGAAAGGGGUGAAGGGUCUUCCUCUGAUGAUCCAGAUCGACACGUACAGCUACAACAACCGCAGCAACAAGCCGCUGCACAGGGCCUACUCGCAGAUCAAGGUCUUCUGCGACAAGGGAGCAGAGAGGAAAAUAAGGGAUGAGGAGAGAAAACUGUUCCGCAAGAAGUCAAAAGGGAAGGACGGAGGCGUAGGCGUGAUAAGUGUCCCCAAGAAAUCAGACACAACCUACUUCAAGACCAUGACCGACCUGGAGGCUCAGCCUGUCCUCUUCAUCCCUGACGUUCACUUCGGCAACCUGCAGAGGGCCGGACAGGUGUUUACCUUUAACACAGAGGACAUUGAGAGAGAAGGGGGCGUGCUGGUGAAGAGGAUGUUCAGGCCGUCGGAUGAAGACCUGUGUCCGUCACCUCACAAACAGAUCAAAGAGGAGACGCACAAAAGAGUGCUGCUGUACGUACGAAAGGAGACUGAUGAGGUGUUUGACGCUCUGAUGCUGAAGUCUCCCACGCUCAGAGGCCUGAUGGACGCUAUAUCAGAGAAGUACGGCGUGCCCACGGAUAGAAUAGCCAAAGUGUACAAGAAAAGUAAAAAAGGGAUCCUGGUGAACAUGGACGACAACAUAAUCGAGCAUUACUCCAACGAAGACACCUUCAUCCUCAACAUAGAGAGCCACGCAGACGCCUACAAGAUCACGCUGACGGAGAUCUGACAGCUCCUCAGCCGACCUGAAGGAACCGCAGGAAAAGACAGAAGAGACACUGCGACCGCCGGUUGGCCCAAAUCUAUGAGGCUGCUAUUGACUGGCUGAUAAGCUGACUGACACUGGAGACAGUCCAUCGGUUGGUGCUGCUCUGACACACACCUGACCCCUCUCCGACACUGUUACACAAUGAAGCAAGUCAUAUUUUCUGUGCAGGAGGACAAUGAUAUAAAUAAAAAGAGAACCUUAUAGAAUUUCUCAUGAACUGGUUAUACUUACUUCCUCAUUGUACUCAUCCUGUGUUGUAAGGGGAAACACGAUGGAGCACAGAUCCAUGUCCUCCACUGUUUUUGAAUAUUUUUAUUGUAUAAAAGAAUUUGUAUGUUUAUUCUCAUUCUGUACAGUUUGUUUUUGUGUUUUUGCCAAAUAUCACAUCAGGAGUAGCCUCACAAAAUGCCUGAUGUACUGUACGUAGCCACAGCUUGAAUUAGUUGGUCGUAAGUGACUUAGCAGCUUCUUUGCAUGCCAGCCUUUGCUUUUGUUAAAUGUAUUAUUAUUUAUUAAUGCUUUUAAUGAAAUUUUUUGCAUUUCUUUUAACAAAUUUUCCAAGAAUUUCAAGUACUUUACAUUUCAGUGACUUUUCUUGUUGUCACCCACUCUAAGAGUACUCAAGGAGUUUUUAAAUGGCUAAGCUUUCUUCAGCCAUGUUGUAAUAUAUACAUGUCAACAAAUAGCCAAAGUUUUUAUUUGUAGGGCUGUAAAUGACAGAAUAAUAAUAAAAAAAAAACUAAAAAAACAAACACUGUAUACAACUUCUGAGGGGUAAUAAAUGGCACUUGGUUGUUGUGUAGCCUAUGUCUGUGCUUGGCCAUGUGGAAAAACAAAUAAAGAUAUAAACACUGAUGUCA